CGAGCUGCAGAACCCAGGCAGUACUUCACAAACCGGCAAAAUGUCCAACAAAAAAGUUCCCUUGACGGUUACUGACCAAGAGAAACGUCGCCGGCGGUCCACAGCUGAAAGUUCAGAGCCCCAGGUGGACCAUGAUCCCCGGGCCCACAAGCGCUCCAUCGCCUGUGACAGGCUGUGUGUCGAGAACAACCACCCGGACAUGGCCGACCCCCUCUCCCCCGACAUCUCCCACCCUCACCUCUCCUGCCAGUACACCCCCAAGUCUGUUCACAGGGUGCCCUUCUCCUCCGGCCGCUCCACCCCCUCUCAGUACGGGGAGGAUGCGUGGCACGACACCACCGUCAGGACCACCAUCAGGGCCGACAACGAGGUGGAGGCCCAUAAAGAGGCCAACAACUACAAGUUUGGUUUCAGGAAGUGGAAAAGCCACGUGACAGAGAGGCCCAUUGAGGACAGGUCGGACGUUGUGAGGGAGCUUUACUCGGAACUAAAUUUCGUCCGACCCCACGCAGGUUCAGUCAUCACCUGUGGAAACAUCGCUUACCUGUUUAUGUUUGGCUGGUGGAUCUCCCUGACCUACUUCCUGGUUUGUAUCCUGAUGUUUCUCACAGUCAUCGGGUCACCCUAUGGGAUGCUGUGUUUGAAGUUAGCAUGCUACUUUAUCUGGCCUUUUGGGAAGUCUGUACAAAAGACCAGCAGUGCCGUGCGGAGGUGCUGUGUGAAGUUCCCUAACUGCGAGGCUAUUCCUGAGGAGGUGGACUGCGUGGAUGAGAAGGAGGUCAAUGAGCUUCCGGAGUCCACGCCUCUCAUCAAGUCCCUUCCCAUAGCCAUCGAGGUCACUCCUCCUGGGCCACAGACCCGGCUCCGUAAACACUACUGGGGUCGUGUGAGCACCUACAUAUGGCUGAUACUCGGGUACCCUGUCUUGGCUGUGGCCCACGGGCUGGCCUGCUUCCUGUCCUGGCUCCUGGUGUUCACCAUCCCCGUAGCCAAGGUGAAUGCCCGCACGCUGGGCACUAUUCUGCUCACGACUCCAGAGGACAUCCACAUCCACUCACACAAAAAGGUCAUAGGCUGUGAGACCAGGGUGGUGCUGUGUUGCUACAACGCUUUCAACUUGUACUAUUACAAAUACAGUGUGUACGGGAUCAACGUGUUUGCUGUCAACCUGCUUCCCCUGGUGAUAGUGACCCUGGUGAUCGGCUACAUUGACGAGGACAACCAGGUUGUCAGCUCGGAGAUCAAGUUUGCAACAGCAUUGACCUCUAUCAUCCCCCUCUCCUACUACAUCGGCAUGGGUAUCGCUAGUAUUUCAGCUCAGAGUAACUUUGCGGUGGGGGCAGUGGUGAACGCCACGUUCGGCUCCAUCACGGAGUUGACCUUCUACAUCACGGCCCUGCUCAGGGGUCACCGCGAAGGCUCCAAGUGCUACGAGGAGAUUGUGAAGUCUGCCCUCACCGGCACCCUGCUGGGAUGCAUCCUCUUUAUCCCCGGUAUCUGUAUGAUCAUUGGGGGCUUUAAGCACAGAGAGCAGCGAUUCAACAGCCGCUCCGCUGGGGUCAGCUCUGCUUUGCUCUUUAUAUCUAUCGGAGGUGUGUUUGCUCCGACCCUGUUCUCGAAGGCCUAUGGUACCCUGGUGUGUGAGCGGUGCGAUAACACCCCGGGGAACGUCACUGGUCCGUUCAUGUGUCAGGACUGUCACUACGAGGUGAGUGGACAUAACCAGGCACUGUACCUCAGUCACAUUGAGCCAUUGGUGUACACCAUUUCAGUGCUUCUGCCUGCUGCCUACCUGAUUGGCCUCAUCUUCACCCUGAAGACCCACUCACACAUAUACGACAUUCACAUCAGCGAUGGGUAUGGUCAUGUGUGUUCUGACGGUGCUGUAGUUCACUGGUCGAGGUGGAUGGCAAUGGGGGUGUUGAUUUUGGCCACUCUGCUGAUGGCUGCAUGUGCAGACCUGACCACAGAGCACAUCAAGCCCAUCCUGGACAACUCCAAAGUGUCCCAGUAUUUCAUUGGAGUCACUGUGUUGGCCAUGAUACCUGAGCUGCCAGAGAUUAUGAAUGGAAUCCAGUUUGCCCUACAGAACAACAUCAGUCUGAGUUUGGAGGUGGGAAGCUGUCUGGCUGUCCAAGUGUGCAUGAUUCAGAUCCCUUUAGUCAUCCUGUUCAACGCUUUCUACGAUGUGGGGUUUGUAUUGAUCUUCAGUGACUUGCAUCUGUGGGCCAGCAUUUUCAGUGUGAUUCUGGUGAACUACAUCUUCAUGGAUGGAAAAUGUGACUACUUUCAGGGUACUGCUCUUGUGGUGGUGUAUCUCAUCCUCCUGGCUGUGUAUUUUUUCGCACCCUCGCCCAGCUCCUGUUGAAGGGUACCUUGAACCCACCAAACGUCUUUAUACAGGGUUAUCUGUGUCAGUAUGUACUGUAUGUGUGUUUAACGACUGUGAAAACUUAACUGAUUAAUACUAAUUGAGGGUGACGGUAGGAAAUAUUUUGCACUAUUAAAAUGAAUUCUCCUUGUUUUAACAUGGCACACCUUGGUGAGAAAUCGACCUGAAAAGAGCUAACUUAAUCAUAAAACUAUUUAAUUGAAGUCCCAUUGUUUUUAUGUCAGGGUUUUCCUCAGCUUAAAUUGUACCGUUAUAGGUCAGAGUUUGUGUAAUAUUAAAUCUGUUGCUUCAGUACCAUGAGACCCCAUGCUUUGUGUCACUGGGUUUUGGGUGUCGA